AUGCAUGUUCCUGCACAUGACAUGACGUGCUGCGGUGGAGAUGAGAGACCCACCAAACAGAAACAGAUCUCCUUCGGCUAUUGUGACACACGUACCGGCCAGAGAGUCUACCCGCCACCGCCUGAUCCACAGAUGACCGACAACACCGACGACCUUCUCCCAGAGCAAUUGCCACCGAAACAAUCGAAGCCAGUUGUUGAUCCUUCAGAGCGCACAUCACAAGCCGACGACAUGUACCUCAAAGUCACCUGCUCUCCACCUUUGGGGCAGGCCACUACCAUCUCUCGGCACAGUGGAUGUGUCCGCUUCAACGUCCUGCUUGAGACUAACGCUCCAAGUCGAACCGAGCCGCAGCAACCUCAGGUCGCUAUAUGGCAUAAUCAUGGAGGCGAGCACGACUGGGCUGAGCUACCUCUAGCUCCUACAGAGGACUGUGAGCAUGUCAUGCUGCUGAAUCGACCAAGAACGACUAGCAUUACCUCAAAAUGGUUCUCAGCAGAACUGUCUGGCAUGCCAAAGCAUGGCCAAGUCACGAAAUUCACAGUCAAGUUCUCUGUCGACGACUCCCACGAAUGGCGAUGGAUCAAGGGCACGACUGGCGUUGAGGAUGGCGAGCUGCAUUACCAGAGUGCCGACUUCACUAAGCAUUCGUCCUACGAUCUGAAGCACUGGUUCAACGACACCAGCUCAGAUAUCAAGGUGCAAAGUGAGCGUCCCGACACGGAGAACACGCAUCUGUACUCCCUGACAUGCCCCGUUGCACCUGCGAAAGGCGAGGACUCGGGUUGGCAGCAUCAUCAGCUUGGCACACCUAAUCACUCUUCCCGAUGGUUCAGCUUGGUACGGAUAUGGUCCCCAUGGCUUGCACCACGACAGGGCAAAGGGAAACUGGAUCUUGACAAAGACGCAAUUCUUUCGUCAUUCCUCAGAUCGGAUGGAUUACGUGUUGUGGUGCUAGGUAUCAGUGGCGUUGACGAUGUAGUCACGACUCUGAUCAAUGACAGACAUGGUAACGUGAUCAUCAAGAGCCGCAAUGACAGGACCGAGACGGGAUCUGCUACAGUACUGGUUGCUGUAGCGGAGAGCUUUGAAGUGGCGAAUGCGGCUGUAUUCUACCAUGCUAGGAAAGUGGUUGGUCCCUAUGGGACUACAGCUGUUGGGAACGAAAUCAAGACUAUGACGGAUGGUGUCAAGGAUGAGUGGCUGGAAGAGUGGAACGGCCUGGGUCAGAACCUGACCUCUCAGAAGAUCUUUGAUGCUCUGGAUGCCCUCUCGAAGGAAAACAUCAACAUCACUAAUCUAAUCAUCGACGAUAACUGGCAGUCGUUGUCGAAGGGGGACACACAAUUCGUGCGUGGCUGGUCAGAUUUCGAGGCGAACAAGGAAGGAUUUCCAGAAGGCAUGAAAGCCACCACCAAAGAGAUCCGAAAGAGGCACCCCAACAUCAACCACAUUGCAGUCUGGCACGCAAUCCUCGGAUACUGGGGUGGCGUUGACCCCAACGGCUGGAUCGCGAAGAACUACAAGACCAUCGAGGUGGAGAAGGAGCCAGGCGUUGCUGGUGGCAAGUUCACAGUGGUGGCAGCUGAGGAUGCCGGCAGAAUGUACAAUGACUUCUACGCCUUCCUUUCGGACGCAGGUGUCGACUCGGUCAAGACGGAUGCCCAGUUCUUCCUCGAUCUGCUGCUACACGCGCCGGAUCGUAGAGCCCUAAUCACGGAGUACCAAGACGCCUGGACAAUCGCUCAUCUCCGCCACCUCAGCAGCAGAGCCAUUUCCUGCAUGUCGCAGUCACCACAAUUACUCUUCCACAGUCAAUUGCCGAAGAACAAACCUCGCCUGCUCGUCCGCAACUCCGACGAUUUCUUCCCAGAAGUCGCCGCCAGUCACCCGUGGCACAUCUUCUGCAACGCUCACAACAGCCUUCUGACACAACACCUCAACGUGCUCCCCGAUUGGGACAUGUUCCAAACCUCCCACGAAUGGGCCGGCUUCCACGCCGCAGCACGCUGUGUCAGCGGCGGGCCGAUCUACUUCACAGACACACCAGGCAAACACGACAUCACCCUAAUCCGCCAAAUGACAGCCCAAACUCCUCGCGGCAAAACCGUCAUCCUCCGCCCCUCAAUCGUGGGCAAAUCAACAGACCCCUACAACAGCUACAACUCCUUAACAAUGCUGAAGAUCGGCACAUACGUAGGCUACGCACAAACCGGCACCUCCAUCCUGGGAAUCUUCAACGUCUCCCCCCAGUACCUAAACGAAUUCAUCAACCUCUCCUCCUUCCCGGGGACAGAAGAAGGCCAAUACAUCGUGGGCUCCUUCCAAACCGGCAAAAUCUCAAAACCCAUGAAGCGAGGCGAUCACCACGCCCUCGUCGGCCUCGAACUAGACCCCCAGACCUGGGAAAUCUUAACAGCCUACCCCCUCCGCCCCUUCCCCCUCCACAACAACCCCAUCAGCGUCGCAAUGAUGGGCCUCAUCGGCAAAAUGACAGGCUCCGCGGCCGUCACGGGGCUGGAUAUGUACGUAGAAUCCAACGGACGCCUGAGGAUCUGGACGAGUUUGAAGGCGUUGGGGGUUUUGGGUUUGUACAUUUCGGAUUUGCCGGAGAGGAGCAUGGAGGAUUCGUUGAUGGUUAUGAUCUUUGGGAAGCCGGUUCCGGUGGAGGCUGUGAGGAUUAGUGAGAGGGAUGAGCGUGUUUUGGAGGUGGAUGUUGAGAGGGCGUGGAGGGAGAGCGGGGAGGAUGCGGGGUGGAGUAAUGAGGUUAGUGUUGAGAUUUUUAUCCAUUGA